AGUUUCGUACUCCUAUCAACAACAAAUAACCAAUAAAUUCUGAUCCAUUAAUUUCAAACCAUAUAGGUACUCACAGUUGGGUUCAUAAAUGGAGGUCGAGCACAUAAUGUAAUCCCAGACUCUCUGAAGUUUGGGGGAAGUUUUAGGAGCUUGACAACUGAAGGUCUCUACUACAUCCAGGAAAGGAUCAAAGAGGUAAAACUUGCACUCAUUGCUUGGCCUUUUAUAAUAGACGGUUAUACAACCGAGAUGAUGUGACAGCAAAAAUUAGUUUUUAAAUUCACAAAAGCUCGUAAAAAGAAAAAUUAAAGGUUAAUUUUCGGUACCACAUCAUCUCAGUUGCAUGAGAGUCAUAUAGCCGUCUACUGCAUAGUAUUUUACCAGGCAAAGAAGUAUAGUAACUACAGUUGUUCCACAUACAGGUGGUAGAGACACAAGCUGCCGUGCACGGAUGUAGUGCCACGGUGGACUUCAAGGAGGAGACACCAAUGCCUCAUCCGGUGACGGUUAACGAUGAAGCACUGUAUGAACACGUGAAGAAGGUUGGUGAAAUCAUGCUCGGAAAACCCAAUGUGCAGCUUUUCCCGGUGACCAUGGGAGCGGAGGACUUCAGCUUUUUCUCACAGAAAACUGCUGCUGCAAUUUUUGUGGUUGGGACAAAGAAUGAAACCCUAAAAUCAGAUCAACACUUGCACUCUCCUUACUUUUUUAUUGAUGAAGAGGCUCUUCCAAUAGGUGCAGCACUUCAUGCUGCUGCGGCAAUCUCAUACUUGGAUAACCAUGCUGCUGAGACACACAAGAAACAUGGGUUUGUUCGAAACGAAGAACUCUAAGAAACAUCGAUGUAUCAUGUAUGAAUAGGAAAAAACACUAUAAUAAUCGCAGUAAGAAAUGUGUUCUGUCAGGCUGCACAGAAAAUAAACUAUUGGGAAAUCAUAA